AUGAGCACCACCUCGCUACUUUUCAGCUUGCUGCUGAACAUCACAAGCAGCAUCGGGGUAAUCAUUGUGAACAAGCGGCUCGUCUUUAUCGAGGCGCACUUUGAGUUUAGUACCGUUCUUACCAUCAUCCACGUUGUCACGACAUUUCUGGGAUGCGUUUUUUUUGCGUACGGCGUGGAGCUGUUCACGCCGAAGAAGCUCUCGAUCCGCCGGGUGUUCCCCAUCAGCUGCGCCUUCUGCGGCUACGUCGUCUUUAACAAUCUCUCUCUCCUAACCAACUCGGUGAGCGUGUAUCAGGUGCUGAAGAUCCUCUGCACGCCCAUGAUUGUUUUCGUUGAGCGUGUUCACUAUGGCAAGCGGGAGAAGCUGAGCACAUUGCUGUCGCUGUUGCCCGUGUGCAUCGGCGUCGGCGUCACCUUCUACGCCGACACGGAUGUGAACUGGAUGGGCACGGCUUGGGGGUUUCUCGCCAUCAUCGCCAACUCCCUUUACACAAUCUGGGGCAAGACAAAGCAGGUGGAGCUGGAUGCGCAGCCGAUGCAGCUGCUCAUCUAUGAAGCCCCCCUUAGCGCCGUCAUGCUUUUGCUCGUGGUGAUUCCGCUGGACGGCGGUGAGAAGCUGGCUGCGUACGAGGUCACCUUCAAGACGGUGUGGACGGUGCUGCUGUCUUGCAUCUUUGCCUUUGGCGUGAACUUCUCCUUCUUCCUGUUCGUAGGAAAGACGUCGCCGCUGACGAUAAACGUUGUUGGGUACUUGAAGACGUCGUUGGUGUUUGUGCUAGACUUCAUCUUUGUGUCAGCCGACAUGCCGCAGAAGAAGCUGAUCGGCAUCUCCCUCACACUUCUUGGGCUGGCGGGGUACUCGUACUCGAAGAUCGAGUUGCCACUGCGACGCAGCCCCAUGGCUCGGCGGGACUCGCACCGGAGUUCUCCCAAUCAACAGCGCAGAGGAGUUGAGGUGAAGGUGAUCUCGCUGUGA